UACGCGAGAAGAACGAAUUGCGCGGCGCAUUAGCCUGGGGAGCUCGGUCGCGCACGCAAGAAAAUAAUUUAAGAAAGAACAACGACACGCACGACUUUGGUGACGGAACAGGAAACGGUUCACCAGAAUUCGUCACGACGAGAGAACUGACGAGACGUCGCGUCGUGUCAUUGUCUCGCACGUCACAGGCCCGAACAGGCAGCGUCUGGAGUUCGGGAAGACUAAACGCGAAUGAAUCUGAGAGACUCAUCGGUUGGAUUCUCGACUCGUCGUGCUGGUUCGACGAUCAUCGUAGGACCUCCGAAAGCAUUCAAGAUUUCACGACUAGUGAAACGUUGUCGUCGCACGACGCAAGAGAGAAAGAGAGAUAGAGAGAAAUAAAUUGUUAAUACGAUGGAUACGAUAGAUAUGAGAAAAGACCGUCGAUCGACGAUAGAUGUUUUUGAGAAGGACGUACCGCAAUCGGAUGAAUUAUCGAUCACGGUGAUCCAAAGAACGGGAAUCGGCGAGCUUUUGGCGAGACAAGCGAUGACCUGGUGCCGUUACUGGCUACAAACAUUUCCCAUUAGAAUGACGUUGAAUAACGUCGGAUUGUUGACGGUCUUCCUGGCGAUAGUGUCGCCGCGGUCUCUCAUUUAUAGACUUGUUUAUCCGAUUUUCAGAUUGGUCUUCGGCACCUUGUAUCCGGCAUACGCUUCCUACAAAGCGGUGCGCACGAAAAAUGUUAAGGAAUACGUCAAAUGGAUGAUGUACUGGAUAGUAUUCGCGCUAUUCACAUGCGCGGAAACAUUCACCGACGUCUUCUGUAGUUUUUGGUUCCCGUUUUACUAUGAGAUUAAAAUCAUCCUGGUGCUGUGGCUGCUAAGCCCGGCUACUAAGGGCUCGAGUAUCCUUUACCGGCGCUUCGUGCAUCCCGCGCUAAUCCGCCGUGAAGCCGAGAUCGACGAAGCCCUAGCACGUGCGACCGAGCAGGGUUACACGGCAGUGUUGCAUCUUGGUACCAAGGGCGUGAACUAUGCCACCACGGUUCUCAUGCAGACUGCCAUCAAGAAUCUCCCAAUUGUAUUCCCGACCACGACGAGUGCACUCCCCGACCGUCAAUUAGUCCCGGCGAUUUCUAGCUUAGCCAACCCCAGACCGACAACGCGGCUAAACAGCCAGCUAGACGAGCCGGAUUAUCCGGACGACAGCGCGGUCUACAGUCAUCUGCAUGCUAGAUCUGAUGAUCUGGAGAUAGGCGAUACGGAUACGAUCGGCUGGCAGUACCGUGAUUCAACAUCAGACGACGAUGAGGUGGUGAUGCAGGAUCUGCCGACAACGGACACUGAGAGCGAUCUGAUGGAGGAACAAAAACCGGGCGGCGGUGGGUUGGUACAACAAUUGAGGAAAAGUUACAGCCUCAGUGAUCUAACCGGUGAGAAGGAGGACGAAAAUAGAAACACACCCGAUGCGCGUGACGAAACGGAUAUGGAAGUGGAACCUCGUCGAAGAGAGCACGUUGGUAGAAGAGGCUAUAGUCCUCGCAGGACCCAGUCCAGCAGCAAUGCGUCUCGAGUAGAGAUGUAUUUUUCCGAAGUAGAUGUCGAUGUUCGACAGCCAAGGCCUAGGGAGCCUAUAGCUAGUUUAACAAAUAUAAGGUCCUCGGACGACAUAUCUAGCGGUUACAGUAGCGGCGAGGCGUUGCAGUCCCAGCGCACGACUUCUCAGGGUGACUCUUUAGUAAGAACAUCAAGCGUUGGUGCGAGAACACGCGUGAAGCCUCGUUCUACCACGAAGAAGACGCCCGAAGACAGGGGCGAGGAUUUCGACCGCACACCUCCCGAAAAUGUCUCCCUACCAUCAUCCCUAAACGUCCUCACUCCUGAACAAGCUGUCGAGCUUUUACUGUUGUUAUCUCAAAGUAAUAAAUCGAUAGACCGUCCAACAUCUACCACCGCUUAUAUCGAUAGCGAUAAAUCCGCAAACGAAAACAAAUCCGCAACGAAAAUAGAAGAUAAUGAAUCGUCAUCGUCGGAAUCGAGCAGCGAGUUCGUUGACACAGACUUGGCUCAAAUAGACGUGCAAACAGUGCAAACCAUAGAGAUCAAGAAUAUCUCAUUGGAAAACUUGUCAAUACCUGCGGUGACAAAAAGCGCAGACAAAAUAAAUAUCGAUUGUUCGAUAAAGGAAUCUGAUUCUCAACAAAGCGAUUCUAACACGCAAAUUGAAUAUAUUGAUGAAUCAAAUGAAGUAGUAGUUUCAACUGUUUCCCAAAAGCCUAAUAUAGAAAGAACCGGUCUUGAACGAAUAACUGGUGAGAUAUGUCAACAAAAAUUCGACGAAUUGAAGCAAUUAUUAGAUAAUGCGCACAAAGCUGUAACAAGCAUCGUAUCUUCUCAAGAAAAGUUAAAUACGAUUGACGAAGGUAAGGAACAUAUAAAUAUACAGGAAAUUAGGACUAACGAUUCGUUGAGUACUUGUGCUUGCGAUACUGCGGUUCACUCUCCCGUUACGCCGAGUACAUUGAAAUGUGAUUUUGACGGCGAUGCUCGGGCAGGAAAAUAUCAUAAAAAGCCCGCUCCGAAAGCUCCAACAAGUAAUGAGAUAAUAAGUAAUGAAGACAUUGACGAAAACGAGUCUCAAAAUGCUUUGAAGGCCACCUUGGUCAUUAAAACUGGUACAUUGAGAACUGUUUCAAAUACGGAUACUACGAAAGAUAUAUUCUUAUCGCACGUCCCGGGCACGAAAAAAAGAAAGAAGUCUAACAGAUUACGUGCUAAAGAGGGUUUUUCCAAAUUAUUAACGAUCCCGAAGAACAUCUUUCAUAAUGCUUUCCAUAAGGAACAAAACGAAACUUCCUCUAAGGAGGAAGAUUCCAGCUCCACGUAUUCUGAGACCAGUGGAUCUGCAUCGAGAUCGGGUAGUAUAGGAUCCCAGGUGUUUGUAGACACAUCCACAAAAUUAUCUGUUUCAAAGCAAGAAGUGGACGUGAAAGAGAUUCCACUGAGAUCGGAUCGCAAUGACAACAUUAAAAGUUUUGAUAAAGAUAUAAAUACUUUCGCUGAAAAAACGGAUACUGAAGCUGUAUCCUUGAACGAAAUCAAAAUAGAUCUGAAAAUUGAAGAUAAUAAAAAAGAAAAAGGUGCAAUGAAUACAGAAAAAUCCGAAAAUCAUGACAAGAAUGUUGAAAAUGAAUCAAACUCACAGAUUCGCGAAACGUCACAGUCGCUGCCUUAUAGAAAUAAAAAAGAAAUUAUCACUGACAUUAAUUAAAUGCAUUUCGUUAAUGUCGCAUAUUUCGCAUAUUAUAGAGAAAUUACAUUAGCUGUAUUAAAUAAUUACUUAAUAACUAUACUUGUCUUUUGUCUCUGAUGUAUUUAAAAUAUGAUAAAAGCUUGUUCGUUCUCUCAAUCCCAGUUUCCAUAUUUCAUAUUUUAUCCUGAUAGGAAAUCCGGGCAGAAGAGAUGGACUGUUCCAUUAAGAUCAUAACGAGUUUCGCUACUUUACCUCGCAGUAAGAAGACCAGUAAGAAAAAAGUGGCAUGAAACCUUCCUGCUGCUGACCGC